UAAAAUGGCGUCGUUGAUAGACCGGAAAUAGAGCUACUCUGAUAAUGUUGGACAGCUGAUGAAGUUAUUUUUCUUGAGAAAUAAUUAUUCCACCAUCAUCAAUGGAUAGUAUGGAAGACAGCGGUUUUGACAGUGAUCAGAAGUCGCAGAAUGGACAUUUUGAUACAAGGAAAGAAUCCACAUUAACCAAAAGUGCCUCCUACAAGGCUUUGAAGAAAGCAGCAGAACUACAAAAGAAAAUUGAAAAGCAAAGGGAGUUGGCAAAGAAAGCCCAGGCCCAAGCUGCCGCUAUAGAACACCAGCCUAAACGAUCCUUCCUCCUUCCCAGAAGCAGGGUAACAGUACCAGAGAUGAAACCCCUCAAUCCAGAUCAGCAGCCUCUAGUUACCAUAGUCACAGACAGUGAGGAUGAUGAGUUUGAUCUUCCACAGACAAGUCGCACUGCUCAAAAGGAAAUAACUGCCCAGUUAAUUAAAGAUGGUUACAACCUUGACCUUGAACCUGACGACGAAGAUCUUGAUUUGAUACCGCCACGCCCACUUAAUGAAAGAUGUACAUGCUGUCAGCUUCACCAACAACCAGGCUGUGUCAUCCAGUGACGACACUGUCGUACAAUAGCAUGGAUAUAACAUAUGAUAGCUUAGCUGUUGGCUGUAUCCUACAAUGGUGCGGCUAGCUGUAACUAUGAUGACUUGCCUUAGCAUGAGAACAGCUAAGCUGUUCGACCCAAUCAUACUGUUGUUGUUGUUGUUGUCUGCCAGAUGAGGUUGGUUCUAACCCAGCUGUGUUUGGUAUUGACUGAGCUUUGUCUACAGCCUGCCUGUAUUCCUGUGUCAGCAUGAAGACUUUCCACCCAGGUGUUGCUGUGUCAGCUCUGUCAGCUCUGUCAGCUGUGUCCUCAGCUUAAGCUGUUUCUUUGAUCCACCAAUGAAGAGCUUCAUCAAUGAUUCAGCUGUGAAUAGUUGUAACUGUGUCGGUGAUGAAACUGAACGAUUCAGUUGUGUGCUCCCAGCUAUACCUGUCAUGUAUUCAGCUGUUAUUAAUUCAAGCUGUGUAAAUGAUUCAGCUGUGUGCUCCCAGCUGUACUUGUCAUGUAUUCAGCUGUUAUCAAUUCAAGCUGUGUAAAUUAUUCAGCUGUGUGCUCCCAGCUGUACCUGUCAUGUAUUCAGCUGUUAUUAAUUCAAGCUGUGUAAAUGAUUCAGCUGUGUGCUCCCAGCUGUACUUGUCAUGUAUUCAGCUGUUAUUAAUUCAAGCUGUGUCAAUGAUUCAGCUGUGUGCUCCCAGCUGUACUUGUCAUGUAUUCAGCUGUUAUUAAUUCAAGCUGUGUAAAUGAUUCAGCUGUGUGCUCCCAGCUAUACCUGUCAUGUAUUCAGCUGUUAUCAAUUCAAGCUGUGUAAAUGAUUCAGCUGUGUGCUCCCAGCUAUACCUGUCAUGUAUUCAGCUGUUAUUAAUUCAAGCUGUGUCAAUGAUUCAGCUGUGUGCUCCCAGCUGUACUUGUCAUGUAUUCAGCUGUUAUUAAUUCAAGCUGUGUCAAUGAUUCAGCUGUGUGCUCCCAGCUGUACCUGUCAUGUAUUCAGCUGUUAUUAAUUCAAGCUGUGUAAAUGAUUCAGCUGUGUGCUCCCAGCUGUACUUGUCAUGUAUUCAGCUGUUAUUAAUUCAAGCUGUGUCAAUGAUUCAGCUGUGUGCUCCCAUCUCUACCUUCAUCUAUUCAUCUGUCAAUGAUUCAGCUGUGUCAUUUAUUCAAGCUGUAUCAGUGGUUCAAGCUGUGUCAAUGAUUCAGCUAUGUGCUCCCAUCUCCACCUUCAUCUAUCAAUGAUUUAGCCGUAUUUAAGCAGUAUGAUCGUGUGAUUUGUCACCUGAGUCACAGAUGUGUCAAUUAUCAGCCAGCUCUCAUCUGUACCAUAUACCGGACUCUGCUGUCAGGUACAGCUUUGUCAACGUUCAUAUUAUAUUCUGUGUGGGAUCAACUCAGAAAGUGUGGCAUCAAUUGUUGUCAAAAUCUAUGUGCAGAAUCUCACACACUUUGCAACUAUCUAUAUAGUGUAUAUAUAACCAGAAAGUAUGCAUGGGGUCAUCAAUGGAUAUGUGUUGCACGUAGUGGGUCUUCUUCUCUCACAUAUCUCUUAUUUCUAUAAAACAGGGUUUUUUAAACAGCAUGCCCAGCAACCAUAUCUUCAUUACAGGAAAGUAAGCUUUUCAUAUUAAUAUUAGGAAUCUUAAAUCGCUUGAUGUGAUGUGAUUACAAGGACAAGGGGUGUGUGAUAGAUAAGUAGCUGACAUGGUUAAACAUCCACCUAACAUUAUUUUCCUGCAAAAGUAUGUCAUCCGUACAUGAGUAUGUAUUUGGAUGGCGAUAUUUCUUUAUCAUCAUCAUGCUGCAGUGUUGCUUAUCUGUUUUCGUGGGUGUUACGAUUUAUAAAAGUUCAAAGUUCAGUGCAUGGCACAAAUUUGUAUCAAAUCAUGAGGUUGUUCAUGAGGUCAUGUAAAAUGGUAUGAAGAUGAAAUGUGAAAUACUAUUUUCUGACAAUGUGUACAAGAAUACAGGCACUGAUACUUUGACUCAAAUUGAGGUUUGACCUCUUUCCUUUCCCAUUGAUAAUGGAAUACAUCUCUGUAACAUGACAGUUUGUAUAGUAGUUCCACGUACUACCACGUACAAAACCUUUUGUUGUGCCAUGGUUACACCUCUACAGCCUUGAUGUUUAACAUGUUCCAUCACAUUAUCCUUAAAUCUCAAAGGUAUGUGAUCACACAGUUUCGCAUGUUUAGGCAGGACAUCUCUUUUAAACAAAAGUUUUAGAAUACAACUGAAGACAUAUUUUGUUAAUUCUGACGAAUUUAAACGUGUUUACAACAAUAUCAGGCUGUCCUUUGUAUUUGAUGAGUUUCACAAACUACCGACCAAGAGUUUUUACUAUCGUAGUUUAUGAAGAUGGACAUUGUAAGCAUGGUAGAUCAGAUUUGCUCAUUUUGGUUCAGACUAUGGUUUCUAAUCUGAUGAUAGACCAUGUUGCUGUUAGGUUGUUGGGACUUGACGUUGGAGGAGGCUGUUUAAGUACUACUCAAAAGAAGUUAAGGAACACCUGAUUCUAUAGUAUUACUUUUGUUGAUCUCUCAUGUAACCCGAUUCUUUCAUAUUACUAUAGUUAAUGUGUCAUGCCAUGACCCGAUUCUUUCAUAUUACUAUAGUUAAUCUGGGGGCACGGGUGGCCCAGUCGUCUAAGGCGCCGCGAUUCGCUGUGCAGAGU